CAGAGGUCGUGUGCAUCGUGCUUCAUGAGCUGCACGACGACGAGGAUGCGCUGAGAGCAUGUGCCAUUGUCUGUACUGGGUGGACGCCGAUUGUUCAGAAGUAUCUAUGGCGGAAGCUCGAGAUAACGCUGCACGUCCGGACCAAGUCGCGCCUACCACCUUUCCAGCCGACAGUCAGGAUAGCUCCCGACAUACGGCCUCUAUACAAGGCAUUCAAGUCGUCACCCCAUCUCGCUGGGAAUGUCAAAGAACUCGCAGUCAAGAUACACGGCGACUAUUGGCGUUACACCUCUCUUUCCACCAUCAUCUCAAACUUCAUUGUCAGCAGGAUAUCCAGAAUAUGGCACCGCUACCUCCCAUUUAUUCUUGAAAGCCUCAUUAACGUCGAACGAUUCUCAUUCACCAAUUACCUUUUGCAUCCUUUACUCACGACAUGCCCCGACACCGUCAGAGACGCGUUCAUUAGCGUGCUGCGGCGGCCGACCCUCACUACCCUCUCGAUGCCAUUUGGCUCAGCGCUGGAGCUCUUCACGAUGCUCUGCGAAUGCCCUCAUCUUUCAAGCCUAUCCGUAGGCAUGAUCACCUGUCGCAGUCACGUCGACCUUUCCCUCUACCCCCGUGUCCCUGCACUCACACCCAACUCUCUCCUCGUAUCCUGCGGCAAGUUCUGGUACCUCCGUCUCCUCAAUCGCGAGUUCCCUUCCCAGUCGUCGAUCCACUUUGACAACCUGCACCGAAUACAGAUACAUGUUGGUAUGUGCUAUGUCGUCGGCGACGUCAGCGUGGUGAAUACCACUGAGGAGGUCAUACGGAGGAACAGGGCUACCCUUCGACAUCUUGCACUGAAUGUCUGCCUAAACGAACCUCUCACGACCCUCAUUGACCCAACGACCGUCCUCUCCGUCGACUUUCAAAUUCACUCCACCGCACGCUCCAGCCAAGAGCACCCCGCCCCCAGAUCCUGGCUCGACUGGCUCAUCGCCUCAUUCCCCAUCCCAUCCACCGACAUCUCCAUCGAAUCCUGCACCCUCCAGCUCGUCCAGUUCUGCCUGUUCGAAGACGUGCGCAUGUUCUACGACAAGUGGGAGGCCCUCGAUGUGAUAUUUGCUUCGUGGCCCUGUCUAUGCGAGCUGUCUGUACAGAUUCAGAGACAGCCUUACAGGGCGGUGUUCUCUCCCGAGUCAGACACUAGGUUUCCUGUCACGAGAGCGGAUGUGCAGGAGAUGUUUCCGCGUAUGACGAAGGAAGGGAGGUUGGUUGUAGUCGAGACUCAGGCGGGGGGAUUUUGAAUUUGGACUCAUGUAUAUAUUAUUGGAAUUAUCAUGACUGUUUUGGAUGGAAGUUGUCCGACUCGGCAAGAUCAUCUU